CCCAGCAAGUCAGCCCAGCUUGAUACAUAAAAAGCCCUCUGCAUUAAAUACCCAACCUCUUUUCCACAGUUCCAUCUUCUACUUCUCUUCUUCAAAAGCCAAUGCGUUGGCUAUCAAAGGCUAUCCCUGCCUUGUCGCUUUUGGCUCUACAGGCAUUAGCCCAGGACAGCACCACUACAUCCAAUCCAACAUCUACGACCACAGUCAACCAAGCCUACACUACACUACUAUCGGACUCAUUGCUGUUCUAUGAAGCACAGCGAAGUGGUCAGUUACCUGCUAAUAACCGAGUGCCAUGGCGCCACGACUCAGCCCUUCAAGAUGGAUCCGACAACAAUGUCAACUUGACGGGAGGAUACUAUGAUGCAGGUGAUUACCUCAAAUUCACCUUGCCAAUGGCAUACUCCAUGUCCAUUGUGAACUGGGGUGCUAUAGAAUAUUUCCAAGGCUAUCAAUCGGCCAACCAAGACGGCUACCUGCGAGAUAUGGUCAAAUGGGGAAGCGACUGGUUAAUUCAAGCUCACCCUCAGCCCAAUGUAUUUUAUGUCGGCAAUGGUGAUGUGGAUAACAAUUACUGGGGCCCUGAUACCAAUAUUCCAACACCUCGCCCUUCGUAUAUGGUCAACAGCACAGCUCCUGGAACCGACGUUGCAGCAUUAGGAGCCGCGGCCUUUGCAUCGGCUUCGUAUCUUUUUAGAAACAGGUUCAACGACAGUGUGUAUGCUGAUACGUUGAUGCAACACGGAAUUUCAUUGUUCGAAUUCGCUGAAACGGCUCAACCUCAGCAACCUUACACCAAGUCUAUUCCCGCCAUUGCGGAAUUUUACCAGACCAAUACAGUUCAGAACCAGCUGGUGUGGGGAGCGCUCUGGCUUUAUCGGGCCACGGGCAAUCAGACGUAUUUGACCAAGGCCAGCAAUUACUUUGACCAAUUCAAGCUUGGAAGUGUGGAUAUCACCCCCAUGGAUUGGAGCGAUCAGUCGGGAGGCGUGUUUGUGCUUGGCAGUAUGUUGGAUACCACGACGGAUAAAUACAAGGUGGCGGCAGAAAGGUACCUGGAUGCACUGACGCAAGGUCAAUCCCCUUGCAGCUUUACAGGAGGUGGCUUAUUAUGGUGUGGGCAAUCCAGCGCUUCCAAUUCGCUGAUUCCCGCGCAAGAUACGGCUCUGCUUGCUUUAUUGUAUAGCCCAAUCAACAGUGACAAAGGAAGCGGCUAUGUCAAGUUUGCUCUAGGACAAAUUAACUACAUGCUUGGCAAUAACCCUAUGUUGACACCGUAUGUUGUGGGUGUUCAUAUGAACUCACCUGCCAAUCCUCAUCACGCUGGUGCGUCGGGCGGUACCGAUAUUGGCAACAUCAACACUUCCCCUCCCACUGAAGAAUAUGUCUUGUAUGGAGCUGUGGUGGGUGGCCCGGGUCAAGACGACUUGUUUUAUGAUGUUCGUGACGAUUGGCAGCAGUCGGAGGUGGCGCUAGACUAUAACGCUCCCUUCCAAGGUCUAGUGGCGUACCAGCUUGUCACCAACGCCUCCGACCCACCGUAUACCACCAUCACCCAGCCCAGACCCGCCAUCAAGAAACCAUUCCCCAAGUGGGCCAUUGCCGUCAUUGUCAUCAUCCUCUUGCUCAUCUUGGUUGCACUCGGUUUAUUGUGGUGGAAGCGACGAAGAAUCGCUGAAUGGCGCCACCGUAGAAACCAAAAGCAAAAUUGGUGAACGUCUCUCUCGUGUAACAUGGGUAAAGGCACGCAGUUUUGUU